AUGAAUCGCUCAUUGGUGGUAAUUCUAGCAGUUCCUGGAUUUUUGAUGAAUUGUGCUUUCCUUGGAUGGUUAUUUUUUAAAAUUAAUAAACAGAAUUGGUCUUGGGAUGAUAGCAUGCUGUUUGGCAUAAUUCUUAGUACAACAGAUCCUGUCCUUUCUGUGGCUUCUGUAAGAAACAUUGGCCUUUCAAAAAUAGUUAUCAACUUAAUUAAAGGUGAAUCUUUGUUUAAUGAUGCAACCACAGUAAUUAUUUUUGAGUUAUAUAGGGACCUUGCACGUCAGACCCAUCAGGAAGUGGUUAGAGAGAUUCUUUUAAAACUGGUUUUAAAAUUUUUUGCAAGUGCCGCAUUUGGAUUUUUGAGUUCAAGGCUAGUUAUUUAUUGGUUGCAACGUAUUUUCAAUGAUGGAAUAAUUGAAGUAGUUUUAAGCUUCUCGAUGGCAUACAUAAUUUUUUUUGUGGCUGAAUGGCUUGGCAUGUCUGGAGUUAUAGCUCUUUCUAUUUUGGGCCUUCUUUUAGAUUCAGUAACCUUUAGUCCAGGAAUGGAUGUUUUUCUUUAUAAGUUUUGGUCCAUGUUGACAUUUUUGGCUCACAUUAUGAUAUACCUUAUAAUGGGAAUUGUGAUAGCUCAAAAAACGUUUCCAAACAUAAAUACUCGUGCUUUUUUUUACAUUGUAACAGUCUACCUUUCACUGAAUCUUGUAAGGGGUUUAGUUAUUUUGGCAUUGAGCCCUUUUUUGAGUCGACUUGGCUAUGGAUUUAAUUGGCGUUGGGGAGCUAUUAUUGUUUGGAGUGGAAUGAGAGGCACUUUUACUUUGAACAUGGCUCUUCAAUUUAGCCAGAAAGAUAGUGAGACUCCAGCUGAGGCUAGCAUUAAGACCCAGAUAUUAAUGCAUUCUGGAACAGCAUCACUGUUAACCUUGAUUAUUAAUUCAACCACUGUGAAGAAGCUCGUUGUAACAUUAGGGCUUUGUAAUAUUACUCUUCCAAAGCGUAUGGCAAUGUUUAAUGCUGUUCAACGUAUUAGACAAAUGGAGGCCAACACUUUUUCAAUGUUAAAGCUCGAUAGAUUUUUGGCUGAUGCAAACUGGGCAAUGGCAGAAGAAGCAAUUAAAAUGGAUUAUCCUUAUAGAUUAAAUUCAGAAGAAGUUAAUCAAUUGGUCAGAACACUUAGGUGUCCAGAAUGCAGUGCAGAUAUUACAUUUGAGAGAGAUCCUCAACAAAUUGCUGAUAUAAUGGAGGAAGCCAGGUUACGUCUCUUAACUGCACAGAUAGCUAGUUAUCAGAAGCAAUAUAACCGUGGUAUGCUGAACCAAGAUGCUGCCCAAACAUUGAUAGGCGCGGCAGAAAGCUAUGUUGAUAUUGAAGGAAAGUUUAUGAAUAUUCAUGAAGUAAAAACAUAUUGGGAAAGCAAAGGCAUGCUGGUCACAGUUAAGAAAUGGCUAUCUGAAUGGGUUUACACUGUGAAAGAGGAACCUUCUAAGCCAUCAAAAAACAAGUUUAUGAAAAUGUGCCACCAAAUAGUGUCAAUGGAGGAAUUCGAAUAUAUAAGUGGCAUGAUAACCUGUUUGAACUGUUUUCCAAUUGCACUUUACUUUAUACUUCCUAGUGCUUCACCAUUUAUUCCACAACUAAAAUUGUGCAACUACUAUUUUCUGAGUUUGUACAUAUUGGAAGCUAUAUUGAAGAUGUCUGCAGUGGGGAGGAGUUACUUCCAUGUUCAUUGGAACCAGUUUGAUCUACUAAUCAUAAUCACUGGAAUUAUAGAUGUUGUAGUUAUUAAUGUUGGUAAAUCAAUGAGUACAUCAUCUGCUAUUACUUAUUCUGUCAGGAUAUUACGGUUUGUUCGUGUUAUAAGAAUUCUGCGUCUCUUGAAGCUAGUGAUACCCACAAUGAUUUUCUUGUUGAAUAAACAAAUAAACAGACAACUCACUUUCCGAUACGAUAUUGCCAAAGGAUAUGUUCAAGGUGAAGAAGAUAUAAAAUGUUUAAUUGGACAGAUUGCUGGCCAUGAGAAAGUUUAUGUUGAAAUUAACAAAAUUUUGGGAAAAAACAAACAAGAAGCCAUGAAAGAGUUAGGGUUAAUGCAGCGUGACUAUCCAGAUAUUGUCAUUGCUGUGAAAACCAAACAAGCAGUUCAGACUGUGCUAAAUACAGCUUUUGAAACUCUUAAAUUUAUGAUAUCAGGAGGAAUUGUGGAUAAAAAUGAAGGAGCUGAAUUAAAUAAGGUGAUUCUGUUAAAAAGAAACCAACUUGCAAGACUUCCCCCUACAAUUGCUCCACCUACUGCGCAUGAUCUCCUGUGCAAUAUUGUGUGGCUUCAGAAUAAUAAAAACCAAAUGGAAUACAUUCAGAAAAAAGCAAAAGUUCUUUAUUACGAUUAUGGAGAUGUCAUAUGUGAAGAAGGCGAACUACCACAAGGAAUCCAUUUAAUUGUAUCAGGAAUGGUUAAGCUUUCUGGUACUGCCCCGUCUUAUGGAGUUUAUAAAGAAGUUAAUAAAGAUACUCAGAAAGAUGUUGACAAAGAUAUCCGCAAAGACAGCCAUAAACAUCUUACAUCUGCCUACACGGACUACUACGUGACUGGAGCUAUUAUAGGAGAGCUCAAUUGCUUAACUAAGCAAGAAAUGGAAUAUGGGGUUACUUGUGAAACUGCUGUGCAGACAUGUUUCAUCUCCAUUGAUAAUUUGUUUGAAGCUUUUGAUACGUUUUUGGAACCACCCUCCCUGGAAUAUAAAAUAUGGCUAAAAAUUGCUCUUGAUGUUGCUCUCAAAACUUUUAAGGAAAAUCUUCCAAAUCAGGAUUGGACAUACAAAGUGUGUGUGCAGUUUUCUAAUAUGUAUGUACUGGAUGUACCAAAUCACACUAAAUGUGAUAUUUAUGAUGAAGCUAUGGAUGAUGUAAUUCUUGUACAUGGAUCUGUGCAGGAUUGUCAGUUUGGGCAGCCUUAUUGUGCACCUUGCAUUUUACCUAAAACUUGCCAUCAGGUACAAGGCACUUCAACUGCAACAAAAUUAUUAAUUAUACGAACUAUAGAUGAAGGAGCACGGAAGAGCACUGCAACAUGUGGUAGCGUUUGCCAGUAUCACACAAGACAGAGAGAAUGUUACUUAGAUGAAACUGCUAAUAAAACACCAAAAAGGACCACUGAAAUUGUUUAA